CCAAAAGAUUCCUUUCACCUCCCUCAAUUGAAGCUGUUUUACUCGAAGCAUUCCGCCGUUUAUUGACCACACUUCAUAUUACUGAUUUUACCAUAAGCUCCCCACAAAGAGCAAGCAUCUUUAUUUACUAAACUAAAAAUAACUGUAAAACCAAAAAAAGGAUAGUUUUGGCAGUAUCUUACUAGUUGAUUUUCUGCAUACUGUAUUAACGAAUCGUCUUUUUUAUUAUAUUUCUUUUCGUCUGAAUAAAUGUACAAUGAAUAUACCGUUUUGAUAUUGAUCGAUUCUUGCAAUUGAUUUAUACAGAUUUGAACGUUAGACAUUUAUCUUUGAUCUCCAAAAUAAGACUGCUGAGAAAGUAUGGGACCCAAGACACGCCGUCGAAAUAGUACUCCUGAUGAAUAUAUCACAGCAGAUGAGGAUGAUGAUAUGGAAGACUUUAUUUUUGAUGAAUUUCUUUCUGAGGAAGAAUCCACAUUGAGAAGAUCACAAAAAAGUGGUAGAAAAACCGGGACGCCCAGAAGGACAACGAGGAAACCAAAUCAACAAGUUAACUUGGAUUCUUCAACUGAGAAGAGGCCCACAAACUCUGCACGAGGUCGCUCAUCUAGGCAAACUAGCCUGCCUGAGCAAUCUCCACGAAAGGUCUAUUCUAAGGGUCAAGAAGAAAAAAUAAUGUAUACAUAUGGUACAGAUGAACCAACUUUCCAGUAUGGUAAAAAUUUAGUAAAUACUUGGAAGCAAUUUGAAACAGCCCCCGGGGCAGCUUGUUUUGAGAAGGGUUCAAUGUUUGUUGAACCCGAUCCUAGCGAAUUCGAACCCCCAAAGAAAACGCAGAGUUUCUCCGAUGAUCGCUUUGGUGAAUUUUCUAAUGACCAUUUACCUUUAUUGAUCGGCAAUCAGGAAGCAGUCUAUAAUCUUCAGCCGCUUCAAGUAUUUGACGGCGAAUCGAGGCACUCUUUGAAAAAAGAAUUUUUAGUUAAUACUGGAAUCCAUUUAACUUCUUUGUCUUGGUUGCCUACGAAGGAAAAAGUUCAGUAUGUAGCAGCAGGUGGUUUGCUGGGUACUGGUGAAUUAGCUGAAUCUAUUUUCACGUCUACGUCAGGAAGAAAUCAAAUUCAAAUUUGGAAACUCGUUGAUGAAAGGGAGCUAUCCCUACACUGUACCCUUUGGCACGACUGGGGUAGUAAUUAUCAACUUCAAUGGAGCCCUUGUUAUAUUAUGGAGAAAGACAUUCUUGGUUAUUUGGGAAUAGUUGCUAGUGACGGAAAAUUGAGGGUUGUGAGUGUCCCCAGUGAAAUUAGUCAUAAAAAUGUCUUCAUUAACGAGGCCGAGUAUACGCUACAGCUUCCUCAUUGUUUAAUUUCGUGUUUUGCUUGGGUGUCGACAGAGACUGAAUUCCCUAAGCAAUUGCUUGUGGGAUGUUCCAAUGGAUAUAUAGCGCUCUGGGACAUCGUUAAUUCUCUGGAUGGACCUCUGUUUUAUAUUCCAAUUCAUGAUUCGUAUAUUCAUGCGAUUACUCAAUGUUCAAACGAGUUUCGGACGAUGUUUGUUACAGCUGCUUACGAUUGUUAUACACGCAUUAUAGACAUUAGGAAUCCUGAGUUUGAGAAUAAAGCAUUAUCACAUAAACGAGAUAUCUGUUACGCCAUUACUUGGAGUAAUUUGUUACAGUCUGUGAUUUCCAGUACUGAAUCUCAAUUGGUGGUGAUUGAAUCCAUUCGAGGUCUUACUACUCAAAUUUUAGAUGAACGACAUGGAUCAGUCAUGUGUUUGGGGACUAGCAAACUUCAUCCGUUUGUCGCAAUUGGAUCAUCAGAUGGAAUAGUUACAGUCGUCAACCCUUUUCGACUCUUAGGAUUCUCACAUAAACAUAGAGCAAAUGUCCACCGAAUAUCUCAGUUAGAGUACAGUGAAAAGCAACAAAAGUUCAGAUUCUUAAACAACUUUCGACCUGGGUUAAUGAAAUCAAGGAAGCGGGAUAUGUAUAUAUUCCCUUGGCAAAUACAAAUCAAUAGUUUAGAAUGGAACCCCAAUUAUAGUUAUGGAGGCUGGUUAGCGAGUGGAAUGGCAUGUGGUCUUUUGCGUUUAGAAGAUUUGUCCGCUAUUCAUAGAGCUUAAAUAUAUUACCAUUAAUAGUAGAUAGAUCCUAAUUACAUAAAUGAAUACAAAUUCGAUCUAAGGAAAA